UGAAUGGGUCUACCAGGCCCAGGUCUGAAAUAUGUGUGUCUUCCAGGUGUGUGUGGUAUGGCGUGGAGAUGGCUGAGUGUGUGUGUGGGCUUGUUGCUGCUGGCGGAACAUCCUAAAGGUGCUAAAGGAGAAACUGAAGAAACUGAAGAGCCAGAUACUGAUGAGGAGUAUAACACCUGUGUUGAUCAUGUGAUCGUGCUUCCUUGCGUUGGCGCUGAUGAAAGUGAUAAUGUGACCUGGAGUCGAUGGGGGGCUCCGCCCUUGGAUACGGCCGUUGCCGGGGUGGAGGUGAGGGGUGGAGCUCUGUGGUUCCUACCUGCUGACUCCUCCCACAGCGGUAUCUACAUUUGUAACAGCAGUGGUGCUGAUCUAUGGCAUGCAAAGUUGUAUGUGGGCAGUGGUGUGUGUCCUAAGUACAACUUUGACGAUGACCUGAAGCUGGAUUAUCCUGGUCGUCUGAGAUGCCGUGGACAAGACCACAUCUUCAGCUACGCUGCUAACCUACGCAUCACCUGGUUAAAGGACUGUACACCUUUGAACAAGUCUGAGAAGAUCCUGCCGUUCCCAUGGGUGACGGUUCGUGACAAAGGGGACUACACCUGCCUGCUCCACUUCAGCCUGGAUGGACACAACUACACCUCAGCCAGCACCUACCGGGUCUCCAUCUACGUUCCUAAACAGCUCAGUGCGCCACUGGUGGUCCUUCCUAUUAAUGGGACACGAGAGCGGGUGAAGCUAUGGUCUCGUCAUGAGUUGCAUUGUAACGUGACUACUGGAAACACAAAAACGUUGGUGUCCUGGACAAAGGAUUCAAAAAUCAUCAACAACAACACAGACUUCACUAUUACUGAAGAAGUGCUUGGGUCCAGGGUCGUGACGACUCUGAUCAUCUCUGAGGUCCGUAAGGAGCAUCUCAACACUCCGUUCCGGUGUUGGGCCUUAAACGCUGUUGGCCAAGACUUCAGCCACAUCCUCCUCGAAGAAGCCAAUCAGGAGCUGUUUUACUGCGUGGUGGGGCUGGGGGUGAGCUGUGGGCUGCUGCUGGUGUGUGCGUUUCUGUGCUGGUGCUGCCGAGUGGAGCUGGUGCUGCUGUACCGCUCACUCUGCCCUCUACGCAAACCAUAUGGGUUCUCCCCGAGGUUCUGGAGAGUAACUAUGGUUACAAACUCUUCAUCAGAGGCAGAGAUGACGUCCCAGGUGAAGCGGUGUAUGACGUCAUCGACAACGCUCUUGCAAAGAGUCGCCGACUUCUCAUCAUGGGUCUAA